AUGGCGAACGUAAUCACAAACAAGGAUUUCAUAGUUGCAACCAAGUACAAGCUCAUUCGGAAGAUCGGGUCUGGCUCUUUUGGCGAUAUCUAUGUAUCGAUCAAUGUCACAAAUGGAGAGGAGGUAGCCAUCAAACUUGAGAGCAACAGGGCUCGUCACCCCCAGCUCCUGUACGAGUCAAAAGUCUAUCGCAUUCUUCAAGGCGGUGUUGGAAUACCUCAUAUCCGUUGGUAA